AUGAAUUCAUCGGGUGAAGUGCCGUUUUGGCGAGACCAGGAAGAAAUUGUCAUCACCGGCAUUUCUGGGCGUUUUCCACGCUGUGAAAAUGUUCAAGAAUUCGGUGACUUACUAUUGGCUGGCGAAGACCUUGUCACCGAAGAUAGUUUGCGUUGGCCACCUGGGGUUUUCGAUUUGCCGAAGCGCCAUGGAAAACUGAAAGAUUUAAAAAAAUUUGAUGCGCAAUAUUUUGGCAUAACUCCGAAGCAGGCUAAUUAUUUGGAUCCUCAAGUACGAAAAUUGUUGGAAGUGACUCUGGAGGCGAUCAUUGAUGCUGGUUUAAAUCCAACUGAACUGCGUGGUUCAAGGACAGGUGUCUUUGUGGGUUGUUCAGCUUCUGAAACUGGUGGAGUGUUAACUCAAGAUCCAGAAACUGUCACUGGAUAUACAUUGACAGGAUGCGUACGCUCGAUGUUCAGCAAUCGUCUCAGUUUUACGUUCGAUUUGAGAGGACCGUCUUUCUCUGUGGACACGGCUUGUUCUUCAUCUUUAUGCGCGCUCCAACUAGCUGUUGACGCGAUACGACAAGAACAAUGUGAUGCGGCAAUUGUAGCUGGAGCUCAUCUAACUUUAACACCUACUGCAGCUUUACAGUUCCUUCGGCUUGGCAUGCUUUCCGAUAAAGGGAGCUGCCGUUCGUUCGAUGCUUCGGGUGAUGGAUAUUGCCGUACGGAAGCUAUUGCUGCAAUACUGCUUCAGAGACAAUCGGCAGCCAGAAGAAUUUAUGCUACUGUAGUUCAUGCAAAAAGCAAUACUGACGGUUACAAAGAGCAGGGCAUUACCUUUCCAUCGGGUGAACGCCAAGCAGCAUUAUUGGAAGAAGUAUAUCGUGAGGCUGGAAUUGAUCCUAAUACAGUAACUUACGUGGAAAGUCAUGGAACGGGUACGAAAGUUGGUGACCCUCAAGAAGCAAACGCUAUAUGCCAAGUUUUUUGCCAGAACCGGAAUUCUGCACUUCUUAUCGGUUCAGUUAAGUCAAACAUGGGUCAUGCGGAGCCGGCAUCUGGUCUGUGUUCAAUUGCAAAAGUUCUAAUAACAAUGGAGCGUGGCUUCAUACCACCAAACUUACAUUAUAAUGAGCCUAAUCCAUAUAUUCCUGGUCUUGUUGAUGGCCGAUUACAGGUCGUUACUGAAAAGACUCCAUUUCAACGCGGUUUAGUUGGUAUCAAUUCGUUUGGCUUUGGCGGCAGUAACACUCACAUCAUACUUCGUCCGGCGAACCAUACGGAACGUAAACCGGCACCAACAACAUUUAUGAAAAUCAUUCCGUAUUCUGGAAGGACAGCAGAAGCAGUAAAUAACAUUUUCGACUGCGUCUUAGCUCAUCCAGAAAAUGCUUACCUGCAACAGCUACUGGCAAAUCAAGCCAAUUUGCCAGCUAAGGAUACACCAUACCGUGGUUACAUUAUUAUCAAUCGUGAUAAAAUCCCUUAUCCACCAGAUGCAAAAAAAGAUCCAGAAUUGCCACCUCUUCGAGAUGUACAAAAAAUAAUGAUCACUGAGCCAAAACAGAUUUAUUUCAUUUAUCCAGGUAUGGGCAGUCAAUGGGCUGGUAUGGUCAGACAGCUUAUGUCAAUACCUGCUUUUGAUGAAUCCUUGAGAAGCUCCAGCGAUGCUGUCGUCGAUUUCGGUCUCAAUGUUUACGAGAUGUUGCAGAGUGAUGACCCAAGUUUUUAUAAAAAUAAUACAUUGAACUGCAUGCUUGCAAUUACGGCCAUACAGAUUGCCUUGACGGAUGUACUUUUCCUACUCGGUGUUACACCAGAUGGAAUAAUUGGACAUUCGACAGGUGAGAUGUGUUGUGGAUAUGCUGACGGUGGGCUUACGCGUGAACAAACGAUGCAUUUGGCUUACCAUCGUGGUCGCACCAUUAUGGACGCAAAUAUCAAAGGUGGUAUGGCUGCCGUAGGCCUGUCGUGGGAAGAAGCCAGAAAAAGAUGUCCAAAAGGUGUCAUUCCAGCCUGUCAUAAUGCUGUUGAUUCAGUAACAAUUUCUGGUAAUGCUGAAAAAAUUGAAGAAUUUGUUGAAGAACUAAAAAAGGAAGAUAUAUUCGCAAAACUUAUUGAUUCAUCAGGAAUCCCAUUUCAUUCGCCGGCUAUGCUUAAGAUCAAAGACAAAAUGCUCAAAGCAAUGCGUACAAGCGUGCCAGACCCAAAACCACGAUCAUCUCGAUGGAUUUCAACUUCAAUUCCAGAAAGUAAUUGGGAAAAUGAAUUGGCGCAAAUGUGUUCAGCUGAUUACCACACUAACAAUGCUAUAAGCCCGGUGCUUUUCUAUGAAGCACUUCAAAAAAUACCGGCGAAUGCAGUAACAAUUGAAAUUGCACCUCACUGCUUGAUGCAUGCAAUCCUGCGUCGUUCGCUGCAGAAAACCUGUACUAAUGUGGGCUUAAUAAACAUGAAAGAAAAAGACCGUGAACUGGAAUCAUUUCUGCAGGCCUUGGGGAAAAUUUACCAGACAGGAAUAACCAUUCAUAUCGAAGCCUUGUAUCCAGCUAUACAAUAUCCUGUGCCCAUUGGUACACCAAUGAUAUCUGCCAUGUGGCGCUGGGACCACAGUCAAGAUUGGCCAGUUAUCGACGGUAAAACGCUUUCAGCUGCAAGUGGCAGACAGUUACCAACAUCAUAUUGUUACACGGUUGAUCCUUUUGCAUCUGACUCAAAGGAAACAUUUUUGCUUGAUCACAUCAUCGAUGGCCGUGUGUUGUAUCCAUUCACCGGACAUAUGGUAUUGGCAUGGAAGACCAUAGCAAAAUUGAAUGGUGUAGACUUUCUGAAAACGCCUGUCAUUCUGGAAGAAAUCCGAGUAUACAGUGCAACAAUCGUGACCAAACCAAUUCGUUUGGACGUCAUUGUAACGCCAGGAAAUGGAUACUUUGAAAUUCUGGAUGGUGACCAACUAGCGGCAUCCGGUUAUAUCCGUAUUGUAGAUAAAGAUGUGCCAUUUUACUACAAAAAUGUUGAUGAAAUUCAGACAUCCGAAAUUGCAGAACGCAUCGAAUUAGAUACAGAAGAUGCUUAUAAGGAAUUUCUACUUCGUGGAUAUGAGUACGGCCAAGCAUUUCGAUUUUUGAACAGCUAUCAUGCAAAUACUUUGGAUGCUAAAAUUUUUCUUCUUAGUGGAAUAUAUCGAGCAUGCAACAGUGGAGAACGUGGGAUGCUUUACUGGACCGGCAAUUGGGUGACAUUUCUGGAUUCACUUUUACAAACAGCUUUGCUAGCUGAACGAGCAGAUAGUCUUCGAUUACCCACCCGAGUCCGUUACUUGCGAAUUGAUCCAAUUAAACAUAUGGAGCAUAUUCAAGAAAGAGAUGGUAUUCAAGUAAUUGAAUUGCGUAAUGACGUAGCAACCAAUGGCUGCGUUGCCGGUGGUGUUGAAUGCUGUGAUUUGACAGCACAUACGGUCGCUCGCCGAUUACAGUCUGCUGGGCAACUUUAUUAUGAGAAAAUUUAUUUUACCAAACAUUUUGAUAUGAAAGCCUUUGAUGAAUUCCCACAGAUACGUGAAGAGCUGAAUGCAUAUCGAGAUUUCCUUCGAUCAGUACUGGCCAAUGGUUUAGCAAAAUGGGAGGUUAAUGGCUGUCUGAAAGAAUUAACAAAUGGUGCGCUUCUUUCGGAUGCUGUUCGUAAAUUUACAAAGUUCAUGAAUCCAGUUAGUGAAGCGGAACACAAACGAUGGCUCGAUGAUUCGCAGUCACCAGUUGCGAUAGUUUUUGAUGAAAUUUUCGCCAUCGAAAUUGGUGACAAUCCCAAAGAUCUCAAAAAUAAGGUGGCAGAAAAAAUGCAGAAUAUGUUGAAAAUUUUCAACGUAGAUCGCUUAUGGAGUGCUGCAAUUGUCCAUGACAGGAUUUUGAAGACAAUCCAGGACACAUGCAUCGAGAAUUCAACUGGACAUAACUGCAAAGUGUGUACACUCGAAUUCAGUUCAACUGAACAGCUUAAGUUUUGUGUUGAUGCAGUAAACUCACAUCCGCUUCUGGAAGUAGAAUGGCUGUGUGUCGGACCCAAAGUAGAUGAUAUGGAUGAAAGCACUCUGCUACAGCUCGGUGUUAAAAAAAUAACGGUUGUUUUAGAUAACAAACAGUUCGUACCAACUCCUGAAAUCAAAAACUGUGAUAUAAUAAUUUUGGAUAAAAUACUAUCACGUAAAAAAGACGUAGUGCGGUAUCUAUCGAGGUGUAAAGAGAUGUUGCGUGAUGAUGGCUUCAUCAUUUUGGUUGAAACGACAUCUGACUAUGAAAUUGCCUUAGCAAUCCAAGGUCUUAGUGCAGAAAUGAUAAAUAUCAGUGAUUCUGGACGUAUUUACGGUGCUUAUUUUACACAUGAUCAAUUACUGAAGUUAUUUGAGGAAUGCGAGUUUCGCCUCUGUAAUUAUCAGAGUGAUCCUUCAAUGAUGACCACAAUGUAUGCUAUCCGAAAAAUUCCAUCACAAGCUAGAGAGCCGAUAGUAAUAGAUGUGGAUGAUAUUGAAGAAUUUACUUGGAUCGAACCAUUGCAAAAAGCAAUUGAAGAACGUUUGAACGAGCCGGAUUACAAGACUAUUUGGCUUACUAGUACAACAGUACGCAACAACGGUUUACUUGGACUUGCCCUUUGCUUCAAGCAAGUUUUUAAUAUUAUGCAAUAUGAUCUCCUCUUCCGCAACAUGAUGAAUCAAUCGAUCGUAACUGAUGAAGAAAAUUUGAAAUCAAAUCGUUUUCGAACCUUAAUUGAUAUGAGUGUCAAGAAGGAAAAUCGAACUGGUCCGGCCCAGAUUGGAAUGGAAAACGAAUCCGUCAAAGAGUUGGUGAAGCUUGAUCUUCAUGCUAACAACUACCGCGAUGGUGUGUGGGGCUCCAUGCGUCAUCUUGUUGUUAAGGAAGACGAAAUGCAUUUAUAUAAAGAUGUAGAGCAUGCUUUCAUAAAUACUUUGAUUCGCGGCGAUGUUAGCUCAUUGACAUGGUUCGAAUCACCGAAUCAGUUCUUUGAAGAUACAUGUCAAAAAAAUCCUUCGCUAGAGCUGUGCCAUGUUUAUUAUUCAGCGAUUAAUUUCCGCGAUGUCAUGCUUGCAUAUGGACGACUUCCACCUGAUGCUAUCCCAGGACAGUUCGCUGAUCGCGAAUGCUUAUUGGGUAUGGAGUUUUCGGGACGCUUGAAGGAUGGUACUCGUUUAAUGGGUAUACUGCCAGCGCAAGCUUUAGCAAGCUCUGUAAUUGUUAAUCGUGAAUACGCAUGGGCGGUCCCGGAUAACUGGUCACUUGCAGACGCUGCGACGGUACCAGUCGUAUAUACCACUGCUUACUAUGCACUUGUAAUGCGUGGUCGUAUCAGACGAGGUGAUAAGGUUUUAAUUCAUGGAGGUUCGGGUGGUGUUGGUCAAGCUGCAAUCGCUGUUGCUUUAUCACGCGGCUGUGAAGUUUAUACUACAGUUGGAAAUGCUGAAAAGAAAGCAUUUUUGCAAAAACGUUUCCCACAGCUAAAGGACAGGCAUUUUGCGAAUUCGCGAAACUCUGAUUUUGAGCUUCAUAUAAGGCACCAAACAAGAGGUUGUGGAGUUGAUGUAGUACUUAAUUCACUGGCUCAACAUAUGUUGCAGGCUUCUGUUCGAUGUCUUGCUCAAAACGGACGAUUCUUAGAAAUAGGUAAAGUAGAUUUAUCGCAAAAUUCGCCUCUUGGUAUGGCAGUCUUUCUCAAAAAUAUUGCUUUCCAUGGCAUACUUCUGGAUGCAGUGAUGGAUCCGAAUGUUGGAAAAAAAGAAGACUGGCAGGAAGUAGCGCGCUUGGUUCAGGAUGGCAUCAAGAGCGGAAUUGUACAACCGCUUUCGUACAUUGCAUUUUCGAGUGAGAAAGCUGAGGAAGCAUUUCGUUUCAUGUCAUCCGGCAAACAUAUUGGAAAGGUUUUAAUGGAAAUUCGACAAGAGGAACCGGAAAGAGUGUGCGUACCGUCACCAAUUAAAGUGCGAGCGAUAUGUCGAACAUUGUGCCAUCCAAAUCAUGUUUAUCUCAUUACUGGUGGCCUUGGUGGAUUUGGCUUAGAACUUUCACAAUGGCUUAUUAAUAGGGGUGCUAAAAAAUUGGUGCUAACUUCUCGAAUGGGAAUCCGGACAGGCUACCAAGCUCGUUGUGUUCACUUUUGGCGUCGAACGGGUAUUUCGGUUCUUGUUUCAACGCUCAAUAUUGCUCGUCUAUCAGAUGCGCACGAGUUAAUGUUACAAUGUAAAGCAUUAGGUCCAAUUGGUGGUGUCUUCCAUCUCGCUAUGGUAUUACGCGAUUGCUUGUUUGAAAAUCAAAAUGUACAAAAUUUCAAGGAUGCUGCGGAAGCGAAAUACUGGGGAACCCUGAAUUUAGAUGCUGCUACCAGAAAUGCAUGUGGUAAAGAACUUAAGUGGUUUGUCGCAUUUUCGUCAAUCACUUCGGGACGUGGAAAUGCUGGACAAACAAACUAUGGUUGGUCUAAUUGUACGAUGGAAAGGAUCAUUGAGCAUCGUCGAGAAGACGGUUUCCCAGGCAUCGCAAUCCAGUGGGGAGCUAUUGGUGACGUGGGAGUUAUCCUGGAAAAUAUGGGUGAUAAUAAUACUGUUGUAGGUGGUACUUUACCGCAACGAAUGCCUUCUUGCUUGGCUGCUUUGGAUUUAUUCUUAUCCUGGAAUCAUCCUAUUGUUUCCAGUUAUAUCAAGGCGGAUGUUGGCACUAAAAAAGUGGGAAGUAGUGGGAAUUUGUGGCAAACAAUGGCUCAUAUUCUGGGUGUGAAUGAUGCAGCGCAAUUGAAUCCAGAUGCUUACUUAGGUGAUUUGGGUCUCGAUUCACUUAUGGGCGUUGAAAUUAAACAAGCUCUUGAACGAGACUAUGACAUCGUUUUGUCCAUGAAAGAUAUUAGAACGAUGACGUUAAAUAAGCUCCAAAAAUUGGUAGAUUCCGGUGGAACAUCUUCAACGGUGUUACAAACAACUGAACUUGAACUGAAGAAAGAAAGUGAAAAGGAGGCUGAGCAAAACACUGUUGAACAACUUGAAAGGCAAAUGAAUCAGUUAUUCAAGAUGAGGGUAGAUGUGAAUGACCUUGAACCGAUGGAUCUUAUAGUAAAAUGUAACAAAGUUGAAAGUGGGCCGCCAACUUUCUUUGUGCAUUCAAUAGAGGGAAUUGCUACACCGCUGAAGAAAGUUAUGUCGAAGUGCAACUUCCCGGCAUACUGCUUCCAGUCAACUAGGGAAGUACCACAAGAUUCAAUUGAGAAAGUGGCACAGAAAUAUAUAUUG